GUUUAUACACGAUUGUCCAGUCUUACCACAUCUUUUGAACUGUGUGCUAGUGUGUAUUCUAUUUUUUUCUUCGCAAAAAAUAUUAUCAACAUGGGUUCGUUUACGACCAUUCUGUGCAUCUUUGCUGCUUUUAUGAUCAUCGACAGCGUUUCCGCUGCUGGCAGCUGUCCUUUAGCUUCAAAAAUCUACAGCUGCAGCCCCAAGUGUCAACAGAAUUACGACUGCAGUCACGGCAAGAUUUGCUGUCCCAACGGUUGCAAUGCUAAAUCAUGCAUUGACGCCGCAGCAUUUGGUAGUUCGGGUAACAACGACAAGCGUACUCAGUCUGGAGGUCCUGGAGUCUACUGCAAUAACGUCAAAUGUAGCGCUUUUGAAGUCUGCAAAAUGGACCCUGCUACAAAGAGGAUGAAGUGUGUACGGGCCUAAUAAUACAAUUCUAAUGGGCCCUUACGUUCUAAACUUAUGUUCUAAAGGGCCCCCGUGUUCCGAACUUUAAAGGGCCUUGUGUUAGCACCUUAGUACAGACAUCAUUCGAAUUCGUUGCGUAUAUACCGGCUUAUUAUAACAUUAUUGUAUUCAUAAUUUUAUCGUGGAAUUUCACUAUUAAAACACUCGUAC